AUGGCCGCAAUCACCCGGGUCGGCAUGCCGGCGGAUCUUCCGGAAGAAAGAGGCGGCAAGCAGUCGAACCCGCUCCUGCAGGGAGGGCACGUUCCCCAGUCGGUAGAGAAGGCGGUCUGCAGCGUGGAGCGACCAGCCGAGGACGGUUGCGUAGAGGCGGGUUCCCCCACCACGCGGGAGAGCGUGAGAGGGGGAGAGGGAGUGGCCGGGCCUGUCCGCCGCAGGAGAGGGAGACCGCCAGUGCAGUCUCGCAGCUGUCGACACCUGGAGGCCUCUUGCUCUCCCGAGUCGCCGCACGACAAGAUGGCCGCGUCGCCGUGGCCCGGACGACUGGUGGCGCUGGCGGCGGUCCUGGCUGCGGUCUGGGGGCACGCGCUGCCGGGCUCGGAGGGUCCCGCCGAGGACCACGGCUCGCUGCAGCUGGGCGUGAGCUGCUCCUUCUGCGCCGCCGUGCUGGGCAAAGUGUUCCACGAGUACCUGCUGACCCGCGACCCGCUCUCCGUCAGCGCCCGCCUCGUGCCGUUGUGCGCGCAGCUGCAGCUGGCCUCCGAGGACGUCUGCCAGGGGGUCGUCGACGAGUACCUGCCAGCAGUGACCUUCUUGGCGGACCACGAUGGCAACAGCUCCACCUUCUCCCUGCGGCUGUGCCGACUGCUCAUCAACAAGGAUGACUGCGUUCACCAGGACGAGUGGACCGUUGCCUUGGACACCAACAAACCUGAAGUUGUCUCGCCCACUGUUGCACAAACCUCUGGGGAGAGCGUGACGAUUGUGCACCUCACGGACGUGCACUUCGACCCCUCGUACACGGCCGCCAACACCUGCCGCUCGGUGGCUGGCGCGCCGCCCGCCGGCCACUGGGGCGGCUACACCGGCUGCGACGUGCCCCUGCGCACCUUGAGGAACCUGCUGGGCGAGGUGCGGCAGCGACACCCGAAGAUCGACUACGUGUAUUUCACAGGAGACACCGUUGAUCACAUGAUAUGGGAGACGACGAGAGAGUCGAACAACGAGACGAUCACGGCUGUGGUGAACCUGUUCGCAGAGUUCUUUGGCAACGUGACGGUCAUACACACCCUUGGCAACCACGAGCCGUCGCCUGUCAACUUGUUCGCUCCCAUGAAGGUGGAAGGUGAUAACGUCUCGACGGCAUGGCUGUACCAGCAGGUGUCCGAGCUGUGGUCGCCGUACAUCACAGAGGAAGCCAAGGAGACAGUCCUCAGAGGGGGAUUCUACACCCUCAAACUACGAGAUGGGUUCAGAGUCGUCGUGCUGAACAACGCUGUUUGCUACAACAUGAACUUCUGGCUGCUGUACCAGUCGGAGGACCCGUACGGGCAGCUGGCCUGGCUGGCAGAGACGCUGCUGCGGGCGGAACGCGACGGGGAGAAGGUGCACCUGCUCUACCACAUCCCCUCGGGCAGCAAGGACUGCCUGCGGACCUGGAGCCGCGAGUACCACCGGAUAGUCGACAGGUUCGAGAACACCAUAACUGCCCAGUUCAAUGGCCACACUCACUACGACGAGUUCCACGUCUACUACAGCGUGAAGAACACUUCCCGCCCGAUCAGCGUGGCUCUUAACGGGGGUUCGGUGACCUCGUUUGAGAACGUCAACAUGAACUACAAGGUGUACACGGUGGAUCCCUCCUCCUGGUAUGUGACUGAUGGAGAAAGCUGGGUGUUCAAUCUGAGUGAAGCCAACUCGCACCUGGGUGACAGCCCAAAGUGGUACAAACUGUACUCGUACAGAGAUGCGUACGGCGUGGGUGGCUUGUUGCCAUCAGAACUGGACUCGCUGGCUCAGAGGAUGAGCAGAGACCGCAGCCUGCUGCAGAAGUACAACAGGUACUACUUCAAAGAUGCCGGCCCGUCGCUGAGGGCCGGCUGCGACGACGAGUGCCUGAAGAGCAGGUUGUGCGACAUUGCGACGGGCGUCAGCGGCGACGCGACGCAGUGCGACCGGCUGCUGGCCGGGUUCGAAGCGUCGCCGCAGCCCGAGACGACGCCGACGACGACGCUCGCGGGCGCCGGGGUCCUGCUCGGGGACGCCGGCAGCCGCGGUGGGGCGGUCGGCCCCUCCCGUCACGUCGUCGCUUCGCUCGCCGCUGCAGCAGCUGUCUGCCGGCUCGCGCACAAGCUACCCUAGCAUGCUCCUACUAGCGUGUGACAGGCAUGGACAGGUCCCAUCAGGCGUGGAGUUUUAUACAUCUUGUAAUUUGUGUUCACAAACAGUCCACCUUAGGACACAAAUAGUAUCGACACUGAUCAGGGCCGCAACUAGGGGUAGGGGGGGGGGGCAAGCGGGGCAUACGCCCCGGGUGCAAAGCUGUGGGGGGCGCCGAAGUCGCCGGCUUGCAUUGUAAUUCCUACUACAAUUGGUAUUGGGUUCAUGCAUGGAAGUUACAGUAGCACAGAAACUGUUACAUGUAAGUAUGGAAAAUGCUUAAAUAGCACCUUUUUUUCCAUGGGAGGGCCCCCGGACCCCCUCCCCCCCCUGCUUUAUUGGUGUGGUAUGUGCUAAAAAAGAAGGGGGGGGGGGGGGGCAUGAAUCCAUUCAUGCCCUGGGUGCCAGAGACUCUAGUUGCAGCCCUGACACUGAUAUUUAAAAACUGUUUCACUUAUGCAACUCUGUAGUAUAUUCCAAGUCACUACUAUUUUCUCCCUUUUUUUUUUUUAAACUCAACAUGAGUAAUAAUAGUUAUCGUUCAAUCUGCACCACUAUCUACCAGAAAACAUUUGAGGAUUUUUUUCUCUAAACAUUUCAUUUUUUAGUUAUUUACGAUGAAAUACAGAAAUAUCCAGGGUGGUGGAGACCUCAUCACGUGCUUUGUUCCUAUGAUUCCCGAGACAGCUCGUUAAUGGGAGUGGCAUUACAACAUCACAACAUGCAUUUAGCCAGCUCUCUUUUUAGCAUGCGUCAAUUAUACUUUCUGCUUAUACGUUUGAGUGCAUUAAACUUAAUGAUUAUUUUCUGUUUGCAUUACUUGGUGAAUAAAAAUUUUUUCACCCAAAAACUUAGUUAAAUAAUUUUUGCCUUGUUUUUCUAAAUUUUAUUGGAAAACAACAUAAUAAAGAUAUUAAAAUAUGAAACAUUAGAACCUUUUUAUUUGUCUUAAGUACACACAAGUGGUUUUAAUGUUAAUUUAGACAAUUUUGAAAUAUAGGUAAGCUGCGUUCAGUGGCAGAGAAGUCACCCAGGGAAAAAAAAAUAAGACUAAAAAUUUUUGGAAAUAGAAACCUGGAUGCUAAUUUUGCCUAUGAAUUAUUGGUAGUGAUAGGCGAUAGCCAAAAGGUACCCUGCAGUAAUAUUAUUUGGUGAAGAUAUAAUUAGUUCCGAUUCCUGCUGGUUCUUACCGAAGUUCCUUAGCAGACCAUUAUAAAAUCCUCUGUGACUCGAAUAAGUAUAUGGAGCUCUCGAACUGUGUAAUUUUUGUAUUAUAAAAUAAAGCAUGAGAUAUUUUACAUGAACAAA